GGCUCGGGGCCCCAGGGCGGCCCGCGGGCGCAGCGCCCGGCGGCGCGGGGAGUCGCUCGGACGCCGGCUCGGGGCCACUGCGGCCGUGGCGUCGCCAGGCCCCGAGAAAGUUCGGGGCCGGAGGGCGGUGGCGCCGGGCGGCGGGACCCAUGGAGGCGCGCGGGGAGCUGGGCCCGGCUCGGGAGUCGGCGGGCGGCGACCUGCUGCUGGCGCUGCUGGCGCGGAGGGCGGACCUGCGCCGAGAGGUCCCGCUGUGCGCCGGCUGCAACCAGCAUAUCCUGGACCGCUUCAUCCUCAAGGCCCUGGACCACCACUGGCACAGCAAGUGCCUCAAGUGCAGCGACUGCCACACGCCGCUGGCCGAGCGCUGCUUCAGCCGCGGGGAGAGCGUUUACUGCAAGGACGACUUCUUCAAGCGCUUCGGGACCAAGUGCGCCGCAUGCCAGCUGGGCAUCCCGCCCACGCAGGUGGUGCGCCGUGCCCAGGACUUCGUGUACCACCUGCACUGCUUUGCCUGCGUCGUCUGCAAGCGGCAGCUGGCCACGGGAGACGAGUUCUACCUCAUGGAGGACAGCCGGCUCGUGUGCAAGGCGGACUAUGAGACGGCCAAGCAGCGAGAGGCUGAGGCCACGGCCAAGCGGCCGCGCACGACCAUCACGGCCAAGCAGCUGGAGACGCUGAAGAACGCCUACAACACCUCGCCCAAGCCGGCGCGCCACGUGCGCGAGCAGCUCUCUUCCGAGACGGGCCUGGACAUGCGUGUCGUGCAGGUUUGGUUCCAGAACCGCCGGGCCAAGGAAAAGCGGCUGAAGAAGGACGCGGGCCGGCAGCGCUGGGGGCAGUAUUUCCGCAACAUGAAGCGCUCCCGCGGCAGCUCCAAGUCGGACAAGGACAGCGUGCAGGAGGGCCAGGACAGCGAUGCCGAGGUCUCCUUCACUGAUGAGCCCACCAUGGCUGAAAUGGGCCCCGCCAACGGCCUCUACAGCAGCCUGGGGGAGCCCACCCCAGCCUUGGGCCGGCCCUCGGGAGCCCUGGGCAGCUUUUCACUGGAGCAUGGUGGCCUGGCUGGCCCAGAGCAGUACCGAGAGCUGCGCCCCGGCAGCCCCUACGGCGUCCCCCCAUCCCCCGCUGCCCCGCAGAGCCUCCCGGGCCCCCAGCCCCUGCUCUCCAGCCUGGUGUACCCUGAGGCCAGCUUGGGCCUCGUGCCCUCAGGGGCCGCAGGCGGGCCCCCACCCAUGAGGGUGCUGGCGGGGAACGGACCCAGCUCCGACCUAUCCACGGGGAGCAGUGGGGGUUACCCUGACUUCCCUGCCAGCCCGGCCUCCUGGCUGGACGAGGUGGACCACGCGCAGUUCUGACCCAGGCCGGGCUCCACCCAGCACCGGACAUGAGGGGUGUUGGCGGCACUGGCCGUGGGUGGGCAGCUUGGGGCUUCGUGGACCGCCGAGGAAGGACAUCGGUGGGGGCUGGUGUCUGCAGAGCCCCCCCACGGCCCUGGGGCUGAGGGACUCUCCGGCCCCUCCUCACCCGGCGUCCAGGUGCGUGGAGGGGUCCCCAGCAAGCCAGUGACUCUGGGGCCUUGUUUUGUAAGCAAACUGCUUCUCUUUAUCAACCGACCAACUGGGCACUUGCUGCUGUUUCUAGACAUGAAAUGUCACCCUCGAGGCCAGGCCUUCGGGAUGGUCAGGCCCUGCCCAGACCAGCACAGCCCAGGGGCUGGAAAAUGCUUUCAUUUCUAAAAUUAAAAAAUAAUAAUUUUGC